AUGGCAACUUCAGCUCCACUUAUCUCAAAAUCCCAGUUAUCGUCCGGCAUAGAAACCUUGGAUCAUCAGGAGCAACACUCGCUAGAUGACACCAUCGAAAAAUACAUAGAAGGUUUUGGACCGGCACAAUAUCUGCAAGUCAUCCUUGUGUCAUUGGCAUUUCUGUUCGAUGGACAGCAAACCUUCAUUAGUGACUUUUCUGAUGCUGUACCCUCAUGGCACUGCACUGAUUUUAGUAAUCAAACUUGUUACUCGAGCUCCAAUUUUUGCAAUCUCUCAAACACUGAAUGGGCCUGGGAUGAGCCAGCCAGCUCAUCGAUAGUUUCCGAUUGGGCCCUUGAAUGUGGCAGUUCAGUCAUCGUCGGCUUACCGGCUUCAAGUUACUUUGUGGGCUCCCUGAUUGGUGGAUUUACUCUUGCUACGCUUGCUGAUUCCUGGCUUGGUAGAAAGAAGUUGCUCUUCCUAACUUGUCUGGGUAUGUCCACAAUGGCACUUAUCACUGCCUUCUCCACCAAUGUGUGGAUGUAUUCAGGUUUGAGAUUUGUUAGUGGACUUUUUCGCGCAUCAAUUGGAACGUGUGUUGUUGUGAUGUCAACAGAAAUGGCAGGGAAGAAAUCGGGUGGAUUUGUAAGGGUGGUGGGCUUCUUGUUUUUUGCUCUAGGAGCACUCUCACUGCCCCUUAUAGCUUACUUGAAUAGAGGUUCUCCAUGGAGAUAUCUUUACAUUUAUACCUCUAUUCCAGCCAUCGUUUACUGUAUAAUAGCUUAUUUCUUUGUUAGUGAGUCUCCAAGAUGGCUUUGCAUGCGGGGACGUGAAGCUGAAGCAGUUGCAAUUCUGAAUAAAAUGGUUCCAACAAAAAAUAUUAGUAGCUCUAUUCUAAAAUCUGCCUACAAGCCCCUCGACCAUGAGCAGUCGAAUCUUGACAUAUAUUCAUCGAUGAAGAGCUUGCUGGAGAGGAGAUGGGCUUUGAAAAGGUUGUUGGCUGCAAUGACUCUUGGUUUUGGUGUGGGAAUGGUAUACUAUGGCAUGUUCUUGGGGGUUGGAAGCUUGGGUUUCAACAUCUACCUUAGCGUGACACUUACUGCAUCCUUGACCAUACCUUCUAUUCUUUUGCUCCCUUAUGUAAUAGAAAGAUUUAAUAGGAGAAGUUCAGUUGUGGCCUUUGGUAUAGCAAGUGGGGUAUGUAGCAUUGUCUGUGCAAUAAUUGGUGAAGAACUAAAGACUGUCCAGAUUAUCAUGUCUUUAGCAUCUGCUUUCUGCUCGUGUGCUGCACUUAACGUCCUGCAAAUAUACACUACAGAGUUGUUCCCUACUUGUGUAAGGAUUUCAGCCACAUCAAUGUUUAGGCAAGCUAUAAACUUCGGUCCCAUAUUUGUUCCACUGUUAGUUUCAGCUGCCAGGAGAAAUAAUUCUGUAGUUUAUGGAGUCUUUGGAUCAGUAGAAAUAUCCUGUAUCUUCUUUGUAAUCUUCUUGCCAGAGACCAGGGGUUUGUCACUUUCCAACGCCAUGGAUGAACAAGAGAAGAAGGAUAAUGCAAACGCGUAUGUAAGCUGA